AACACGUAUAUAUAAAUGUUGGAUAGAGAUAUCGUGACGCUUUAUAGUACGAUACGCGACAGCACGAGUGAGAUCAUGGAAUUCCUUAGUUUCGACGUGAAGAACCGAACCCUUGCGUUGCGAAGGGCGGAAAUACCGACGCCAGGGCCGAACGAAGUUCGAAUCAGGGUCGCUUAUUCCGGGAUUUGCGGCACCGACCUUCAUAUAUUGGAAGGAUCAUUUCCGUGCAAGAAGGAAGGUUUCCUGACUCUUGGCCAUGAAUUCUCGGGGACUGUGGACGCGGUUGGUUCCUUGGUAAAAAGCUUUAAAGUCGGCCAGAAGGUAGCUGUCGACCCUAACACCGGUUGUAAUACUUGCAGCCAUUGUCACGAUGGCUCUUAUCAGCACUGUAAAACCGGUGGCAUAAACAGCACGAUAGGAAUCUACAAAGACGGUGGAUUCUCCACGCACGCUAUCGUACCAGAAACCCAGGUUCACGUAAUACCCGAUAGCGUCGACUUGCAGCAAGCUGUCCUUCUCGAGCCUCUCUCGUGUUUGGCCCAUGGAUGGAAGCGACUUAACGGCGUUAACGUUGGUAGUAACGUGCUCGUAAUUGGCGCCGGUAUCAUUGGCCUUUUGUGGGCCUGCAUGUUGCACUUACACGGUCUUAGGAAAUCCGUGACGAUCAGCGAGCCUCAAGAGAAACGGCGGAAACUGCUAAACAAGCUCGAUCUUGAUUUCGAAGCAAAGAGCCCGGAACAAUUAAAGGAAACAUUCGACGUGGUGGUGGACUGUAGCGGUUCGGCUGCAGCUGUGCAAGCAGCGAUUCCAUUAUUAGGAUCAGGUGGCCGCUUAUGCAUAUUCGGAGUCGCUAAUCCCAACGCGAAAUUCAGUAUCGAGCCAUUCCAGAUCUACCUAAAGGAGCUGACAGUUUUAGGAGUAAACAUAAACCCUUUCUCGUUCCCUAAAGGGCUGGGCUUGUUGCGUGCAAUGGCCGAUAGAUAUCUUAAUUACGAUAAUUUAGGUAUUAAAGUAUUCUCGUUGUCGCAGUAUCGCGAAGCUUUAGACAGUUUGAAGAAAGGCGAGAUCAGUAAAGCAGUGUUUAAAUUGUAAGCUUGAAAAAUAAUUGAAAGGUUCGGAUGAUUAUGAAAUCAAUAAAAUGGAGUCCUAUUUUUUGACAAUGUUUAAA